CAUAACUUCCAGAGCCGGGCUGCUUUGUGAAAUUCUGCAACUCUUCACAGUCAGUCUGACUUUGACGCCUCAGUGGACGCUCUUAUUAUUCUUCGAAUAACUUAAAAAACAUACGCAAAAAAAAAAAAUAAAACAAGAAAAGUCUAACCAUGGUGCUGCCGACCCUCUGUCAAACUGCCUUCAUGGUGCUCCGGCAGAUAGAGCCGAUUCUGGUGAUGGAGCAGCUGGGCAGCACUCUCUUCGACACCGCCCUGCAGAUGGUGGUCAGGGACCGGAGUGCCAACGCCACCUACCCCGAUAUCUCCAGGGAGGACAGCCAGCAGAAAGCCAUGUCGAACUUCUAUAUGACCUACCGACUCAUCGUCCUGGUGACUCCGAUCUUACCCGCGCUGCUCCUCGCCCGGUUAGGUGACCGCGGCUGGAGGAGAGCCCCCAUCGUGGUGCCAUUGAGCGGGUACCUGCUGUCCAGGCUCGCCCUGCUCCUGGUGGUCGUCUUCCGCCUCCCGCUUGAGGUGAUGUUCGGCGCAGCGGCUGUGUUCGGGCUGUCCGGCGGGUUCUGCGCCUACUGGCCCGGCGUGAUGGCGCUGGCGUCUAUCGGCUCCACGGCGACUGACCGGUCCAAGGUGAUGAUGAGAGUGGAGCUGCUGUAUGGGAUUGCAGGUCUGGUGGGCAGUUUGGUGUCGGGUCAUCUGUUCCAGCUGUAUAGCUCCAGUUUGGACCAUGGAACCAUCUUGCUCAUUGUGAGCACACUGCUCCAUCUGCUCAGCCUUAUACACUCCAUAGUCAUGCUGCAGGUGAAACAAGUCCCGAACAGAGAGCCAGAGGAGAACCGCCACCUUCUUUUCCACACAUCCAGAAAUGAUGCAGUGGAGGUCCCUGCUGGGAUCAACCUGCUGAACGUGGCUCUGCUGUUUGCGGCUGCCGUGCUGUACGACGUUGCCGUGGGUGGAGCUAUAGAAAUACUGGGUGUCUUUGUACUGAAGCAGCCACUCAGUUGGAGCGCCACACAGGUGGGUUAUGGGAAUGCAGCGGGCUUCACGAUUUUCCUCACCAGUUUCCUGGGCGUCAUCGUGUUACGUCGCUACGUCAGCGACGUGAUGCUCGUCCUGAUUGGCAUGGUGUCAUUCGCCACUGGAAUUUACUUCAUGUCCUUUGUCACGGCAACCUACAUGUUCUAUCUCGCUCGCUCGCUCAACCUGUUUGCGCUCAUCCCGAUGCCAACUAUCAGAUCUCUGCUCUCACAGCAGGUUCCUGCAUCCUCAUGUGGCACCACUCUCACCUGCCUGCAGUUGGCUCUGAAGUUUGCCGGUCUGGCAUACAUCCCUGCCUUUACUAAGAUCUAUCAGAGAACUUUGGACUGGUUCCCAGGCUUCGUCUUCACGCUCUCCAGCAUCUUUACAGUCCUGGGAAUGAUACCCAUCAGUAUCGUCGGCUGUAGAUCACCUCAGAGGCGACAGUACGAGAGGAUUCCGGUAGACUGAUGGCACCGGCACCACCAGCAGUGAUUUAUAGAGGAGUGAGGACGGGAACUGAGACUUGAAAUGGGCAAAAGAAGAACGGUGUCUUAAAUCUCACUUCCUUUAAUAUUAAAACUAUAAACAGGAGUUCCUACAGGCCUCGGGCAGGUUCUUACGUUUGUGUCAGCGUUUUCUAUUAAAAAAAACAGAAAUCCUCUAAUGCCCGUGCAGACGUGUGCAUGCACGGAGAGGAUUGCAUGAAGAUAUCACAACCCAGUUUGACAAAGACUUUUAAAUUGUUGAACUGUUGACAGAGAUGCAAGCAAACAUCAUCAACCAAGGGAUUUCAUCACCCAGUGAAAGUCAUAACAAAGCAAAUGUGAUUUCAAGAUAAUGUGGAUUUGUCUGACGUCAAAAGUCCCUUGUGAGCUCCACCUAAAGAAGGAGAACGGACUAAAAAUGACUGACUUCACCUAUUUAAACAUGGUUCCUGUUGUGAACUGGCUUAAAGUGGAUCAAAUACAGUUUUUUAGCUGUAAUUAGCAAAUAUUUGAUACCAUUCUGAUUGACACUUUGCUGCGACUGGGCUGAUAAAGAAAUAUAAAGUUUGACAAUAUAAAUUUCCAGUAACAAUCUGCUGAUAUGUUAUAAGUGACAUAACUUUUUUACUGGGAAUAUGUACUUUGGCUUUUUUCUUUUUUUUCUGAAGUGCACACCAACAGUGAGUCGUCCGUAGACUUUGUUGCUGAAUUGUAGAUUUGACUGACUAGUAGUGAGAGUGUGGCCAAAAUAAGUCAUACCAACUGUUGCCUUUAGAAAAUAAAAACGCUUUGUAAAUAGAUUAAAAUAAAAAUAGAUGCACGUUACGUUUUUUGGAGUGCAACAAAAGUUACAUGCUCCAGGUCAGGAAAGGCUGUAUUGGUUAAGGAAAUUUUGUUGUUGAUAUUGGUGUUUUUAUCAUUUGUAUUUUUUAUAUAUUUUUUAAAUGUCCUUACAUGUUUACGCACAUGCAUUUGAUCAUAUUUAUUAUUUCUUUAUUUUUUUAUAGUAUGUGUGAUCAGUUCAUUUUGCAUUUGAUUGUAAAACACUUUAAACCACAGUAACCAAUGUGAAAGGUAGUUUUUAUGGUUUGAUAGUCUGACAUAUUGUUUGAAUUUUAGCUUGUGUGUUUUUGUGGUUGACAGCCAUAUUCACUGUGCAUGAAAUUAUCACCAUAUUGUAAAAAAAACCCAAAAACCUGAAAACUGAACUACCAGCUAGAUAUAAUAGUUCAUUUAUAUCUACAGUAAUUAUGCAUUUAAAACAAGAUCCCUGCAAGUUCCUUGUUAUUCAUGGUACCGAUCUGAAGGGAAGAAAGUACAGCUGGCAUUAUUUUUAAUUUAUAUAUUACAUUUAUUAUUGCACUUUUAGGUAGGUACAGUUUGUUGGUGUUUUUUUGUUUUUUUUAAAUAAACAUCUUUGAGGUUUGUUUGGAGGCUUGUAAUGACUAACUGUAUACAAUAUAUUAUGAAAUAACUUACAUUUUGUAACUUAAAGUUUUUAAAACAUUUAACAUGUAUCUAAACCAGUUCACCCUUUUAAGAACAUUAUUACUUUAAGCAUUUUUAUCAUAAUUACUAUUAAAAAACAAAUGAGACCUGAGCAGACGACAUCAAAUGCAUUCCUCCUCUUUAUUAUUGGUCCAAUAUAUCCAAAAACAAAAAUCAUUUGAGGUAAAGAUCAAAACAGCAUCAAUAUACAAGCUUAUUUAGAAUUCCAACAAGAGGUUAUUAACAUCCAAAUGUACAAUAAAAACUCUGAACGUAAACAGUACACACUGGGGGGCAGAAAUACAAAAAAGACUGAAGCUAGAUUCACACGUUCAUAAGUCAUCUGACUCUUAACCUUUCAUACAGGUUUGAUUGAUCAGGUUUGUCCUGUGAUGCAAAUCAGAUUUUCUCUUCAUGUGUGUAUCUGCAGGAAGAAGACAGGAGGAAAAGACGGGGAAAUUUGGCUUGGAAACAUUUGAUUUGUACAUUGUAGACAAACUAAAAUCCCGUCUCCCCUGACUCUCCCCUCUUUUCCAGAAUGAGACAAUAAAUAUAUGUCCCAACCAACCUCAA